GAUCCUGUCAUGUGGAAGAGGCAGGGGCCAAGAGACCCUCUAGGUCACAGGAGCACUUUGAUCUGAAACACUCUGGAGACAGAGACUCAAGUCAAGGCCCUGGAGAAGUAUACAUCUCCCACUGGACACUCCUUCCCACACCCAGUCCACUAAUGGCUGCAACCAUGACCCUGGGUGUCCUGUAUCUGGGCCUUACCCUACUUGGGGUCCUGCAGAGCCAGGCCCAGGACUCCACUCAGAAGUUGAUCCCUGCUCCAUCCCUGUUCAGGGUCCCCCUGCAGCUAGGCUUCCAGAAGGAUCAGUUUCAGGGGAGGUGGUACGUUGUGGGCCUGGCAGGCAAUGCGGUCCAGAAAGAAGAACAAGGCCACUUUACAAUGUACAGCACCAUCUAUGAGCUGCAAAAGGACAACAGCUACAAUGUCACCUCCAUCCUGCUCAGGAACCAGCGCUGUGUCUACUGGAUCAGAACUUUUGUUCCAAGCUCCAGGGCUGGCCGAUUCACCCUGGGAAACAUUCACAGUUAUCCUCAGAUACAGAGCUACCAUGUACAAGUGGCCUCUACUGACUAUGAGCAGUUUGCCAUGGUAUUUUUCAAGAAGACUUCUGGAAACAAGCAAUACUUCAAAAUCACCCUGUAUGGAAGAGCCAAGGAACUGCCCACUGAACUAAAGCAGCGUUUUGUCCAUUUUGCCAAGUCUCUGGGCCUUACAGAUGACCACAUCAUCUUCUCUGUCACCACCGACCAAUGCAUUGACAACUGAACAGGCGUGGUGUCUUGAUUCUUCUACAGUCUCUCAGGUGCCUCCUGUCUGUCCCCAAACCCAUCUGUCUUGUUGCCAGAGAGCCAAAUGGUUACUCCACCAGCCACAAUACCAAUGAGCACCAGAUGAAUCAUUUAUCUGGGCAGCACUGCCCAGACAUCCAUCCCAGUGACAGCCCCCCCGCCCUGUCUGCUGAAUAAAUGCAUGUCCCCAGUU